CGUUCAGCGUUCGGACUGUUGCGGGAUGCCCGUGUUUAAGCCGCUCAUUCAUUCUCCCGGCGCACCAGUAUCAUCUGAAUUAAUAUGUUGGAUCCUGACACGAGUCUCCUCCGGUAACACCGUCACAUUGUGUCGUCAGCGGUUCAUUCACGGGCGGAUCCAGCAGCAUCUGUAGCAUCACAUCAUGGAUGAUUCGGGAAUAAUCCGGCGCAGACGGCUGCAGAAGGAUCUUCCUCUGCCCCGUAAGAACAGCAGUUGCCGCAGUAACAGGAAGAGUUUGAUUCUGACCUCCACCUCCCCGACUCUGCCCCGGCCACAUUCCCCAUUACCGGGACACAUCGGAAGUAGUCCCCUGGACAGCCCUCGUAAUUUCUCUCCCAGCACGCCGGCUCAUUUCUCUUUUGCUUCCACAAGACGCGAUGGGCGUCGUUGGUCACUGGCAUCUCUUCCAUCUUCUGGUUAUGGAACCAACACACCCAGUUCAACGUCUUCCAGUUCCUCACAGGAGCGAUUGCAUCAGUUGCCGUCUCAGCCGACCAUGGAUGAGCUGCACUUCUUGUCGAAACACUUCGGCAGCUCAGAAAGCAUCACCGAUGAUGACGGGGGGCGCUGUUCACCCCACAUAAGACCACGCUCACGCAGCCUCAGUCCAGGUCGAUCUCACUCGUGUUACGACAAUGAAAUCGUCAUGAUGAAUCAUGUGUACAGAGAACGAUUCCCCAAGGCCACGGCGCAGAUGGAGGGUCGGCUGUGUGAUUUCAUCCAGUCGUAUUGUCCUGAAAGUGUCCUGCCGUUAGCUGACGGGAUCCUGAGCUUCAUUCAUCAUCAGAUCAUCGAGCUGUCCAGAGACUGCCUGACCAAAUCUGGAGAAGGUCUCAUCACGUCUGUUUACUUCUAUGAGCUGCAGGAGAACCUGGAGAAACUUCUGGAUGAUGCGUGUAAGCGAUCCGAGAGUUCGGAGUUGACCUUCGUCACAGAGUUGAUGAAGAAACUGCUCAUCAUCAUCGCUCGACCUGCCCGACUUCUCGAGUGUCUGGAGUUUAAUCCUGAAGAGUUUUAUCAUCUUCUGGAGGCGGCUGAAGAUCACGCUAAAGAAGCACACCUGAUGAAGACAGACAUCCCGCGGUACAUCAUCAGUCAGCUGGGACUCACACGAGACCCUCUGGAAGAGCUGGUCAGUCGUGAACAUUACGACAGUGAGGGUCCUCUCACACCAGAGACGGAUGAUUCUGCAGAGGGUAAACUGAAACCCAUGAAGCCGCCAGAAGAGAGUGAUUUCCAGACCAUCAAGCUGAUCAGUAAUGGAGCCUACGGUGCGGUGUAUUUGGUUCGUCACGUGGAGUCUCGGCAGCGCUUCGCCAUGAAGAAAAUCAACAAACAGAACCUGAUUCUGAGGAACCAGAUCCAGCAGGCGUUUGUGGAGCGAGACAUCCUGACAUUCGCAGAGAACCCGUUUGUGGUCGGCAUGUUCUGCUCGUUUGAGACCAGACGACACCUGUGUAUGGUGCUGGAAUAUGUGGAGGGAGGCGACUGUGCGGCGUUGCUGAAAAAUAUCGGCGCGUUGCCGGUGGAGAUGGCGCGCAUGUACUUCGCCGAAACCGUCCUGGCGCUCGAGUACAUCCACAACUACGGCAUUGUGCACAGAGACCUCAAACCUGACAAUCUGUUGAUCACGUCGAUGGGUCACAUUAAACUCACUGAUUUCGGUUUGUCUAAAAUGGGUCUCAUGAGUUUGACCACAAACCUGUAUGAGGGCCACAUCGAGAAAGACACCAGAGAGUUCAUGGACAAACAGGUUUGUGGUACCCCGGAGUACAUCGCCCCUGAGGUGAUUCUGCGGCAGGGUUACGGGAAGCCGGUGGACUGGUGGGCAAUGGGCAUCAUCCUCUAUGAGUUCUUGGUGGGCUGCGUGCCGUUCUUCGGUGACACACCUGAGGAACUGUUUGGUCAGGUGAUCUCCGAUGAGAUAGUGUGGCCUGAUGAUGAUGAAGCUCUUCCUCUUGAUGCUCAGCACCUGAUCUCAUCUCUUCUGCAGACCAAUCCACUGCUCAGAGUGGGCACAGGUGGAGCGUUUGAGGUGAAACAGCACCAGUUCUUCUAUGAUCUGGACUGGAGUGGUCUGCUCCGACAGAAAGCGGAGUUCAUUCCACACUUGGAGUCUGAAGAGGACACAAGCUACUUCGACACACGAUCAGAGCGAUUUCAUCAUGUUCACUCGUACGACGAAGAUGACACAAAUGAUGACGAGCCGGUGGAGAUUCACCGUUUCUCUUCCUGUUCUCCACGAUUCAACAAGGUGUACAGCAGCAUGGAGCAUCUGUCCCAGCUGGAACACAAACCUGUGGUGACCCGCCGAGAGCCUAAAGGUCACAGACAAGAUCGAUCAAAGAGAGAGAGUCUGGGAAGCUUGACGUUGCGAGACAAGACCUGGAGAACCGGAUCUCCUGAGAUGAAGCGCUUGUCGUGCUCUGAGUCGUCGUUUACUGAAUCGGACUCCAGUCCUCCUGGUGUGCGGCGUCGUUUCUCUGCGCUCAUGGACACACACCGCUUCGCUUCUCCACUAGAGGGCGACGGUGAGAUGCACACGCGGCAGCCGCCAGUCAAAGUCAGGGGCUUGUCACUAGAGGGCGCCAGUAUUGCCGCCGCAUCCGGACACGCGGAGUCCAGUUCCACUCCAAUAGUGGGACACACUGGAGAAAAGCUUCUGCGGCCGGCGGAUACUUCCAUGGUAACAGCGCCCCUACAUGUGCCGGACUCAUUUGGACCUCGAGUCGGAACUGACGUCAUUUUACGAAGAGCACGACAUCAUCAGCUCCCGACGGACAGUGAGAAACGAACUGCCACUCGCUCUGGAGCCAAGGUCAUAAAGUCUGCCUCUGCCACGGCCCUGUCUGUUAUUAUACCUGCAGUUGAGCAGCACGGUACGUCUCCAUUGGCCAGUCCCAUGUCCCCUCGUUCCAUCUCAUCCAAUCCCUCAUCCCGUGACUCAUCUCCGAGCCGUGACUACUCGCCUACGGUUAAUGUUCUGAGAUCUCCAAUCACCAUCCAACGCUCUGGGAAGAAGUAUGGCUUCACACUGCGCGCCAUCAGAGUCUACAUGGGUGACAGCAACGUGUACAGCGUACACCACAUGGUCUGGCAUGUGGAGUGUGGUGGACCGGCCCAGGAGGCAGGUCUUUGUGCCGGUGACCUCAUCACCCAUGUGAACGGAGAAUCUGUGCACGGAUUGGUCCACACGGAGGUGGUGGAGCUCAUUCUGAAGAGUGGCAGUAAAGUAACCGUGACAACGACUCCAUUUGAGAACACGUCUAUAAAGAUUGGACCGGCCCGGAAACUCAGCUACAAAGCCAAGAUGGCCAGACGCAACAAGAAGUCAGUCGCUAUAGAUGGACCGGAAAGUAAGAAGCGAAGCUCUCUCUUUCGUAAAAUCACCAAGCAGUCAAACCUGCUUCACACCAGCCAUAGUCUGUCAUCUCUGAAUCGCUCGCUGUCGUCUGGAGACAGUCUGCCUGGAUCACCGACCCACAACCUGUCUGCACGCUCGCCUACACAGACGUACCGCUCCCCACCUGACUCCGCCCACCUCGGCAUGUCAUCUCAGAGCAGCUCUGCCGCUUCCAGCACACCAAACUCUCCCGCCACCUCACAGCACAUGCGGCCAAGCUCGCUGUAUGGUCUCUCUCCUAAACUCCACCGUCAGUAUCGAUCUGCUCGCUGCAAAUCUGCCGGGAACAUUCCUCUCUCCCCAUUGGCUCACACGCCGUCCCCCACCUCCUCUUCCCCACCUCCCAUUGCUGGACACACCUUCGGCAGCUCCAACACCACCCAAGCAUUCCCUGCUAAGCUCCACGCCUCUCCCCCAGUAACUCGCCCACGCCCCAAGAGCGCAGAACCGCCCCGUUCCCCUCUCCUCCAGCGGGUGCAGUCCACUGAGAAACUCGGCCCAUCUCCUUCACCAUCGUUCCCUUCAUCCUCGUCUUCAGUGUGCACAGACAGGAAGGGAGGGCUUUGCGUUUCCAUGCGGAAGCACGGUUUGGAAGUUGUGCAUACAGAAUACCGCCGCGACUCGUUCCACUGCGAGCACGCCCUCCAAAGUCUGUUGGAGAUCGAAGGAGAGAACACACCAGGGGCACCACCCUCUCCACCUGACCAGACACCCACUCACAUGCCCAGUAAGGACACACUGUGUCCGGCAAGGCAACUUGUGAAGCAGAGCUCAAUGGUGGGUCGAGACUCUGGGGCCAAAGAUGAAGCGAAACAACAUGGCAAAAGUGAAGCAGAGGAAAGAACCAUCUCGAAAACUGAACCAACAACAACUAAGGAUACUAAAGCAACCCAUUUGGGCGAAGCCACCCAUAAGACGAAAGUUGUAUCCAAGUCCGAGACUAGUCAAGCCUCAAGUGGAGUCAUCUCUGCAGGGAAAGAAGUUGGCAUGGAUGCAGGAAAAAGUCAAUCCCUUAGAGUGGACACAUGCACCAUGGAUUGUAACCCUAAAACCCCAGAACGGACAUCAGUUGGUCAGUGUUCUGGAGCACAGGAACUAAAACCCCAUAGUCUUCAAACAGAAAGUUCUAAAAGUCUUGAGAAAGGCAAAGAUGCUGGUAAAGGCCCUUCAAAGGAUAAAACCUCUUCAUCCCAGACAACGGCUCCAGAGACAAGCAAGUCUGAAAGAGGCACUCUAAAUCCAGAAGUGAGCGUCAACCAAGAGAGGUCUAGAUUAGGUUCAGUUGUCGCUCCUAAAGUUUCAGCACUUCAAGCGCCUCCGGUCUCAAUAUCAGAACUUGCCCAGUCCAAAUCCAGUGACGGUACAGUUCUAACCCCAUUGAGUUCAACCAGAGGAUUUCAAGUGGAGAGGUAUCGCUUGGAGGCGGUAGAGGAUACUCCAACCUCUCCUUCUCCAACCAUCCGGUCACCAUGUUCAAGCAAGUCCCGUGCGGUGUCACCUGGUGACAGGUCGAGCUUUGUGACGCAGCUUACAAGUGUGGCUAAAACUGUGCUGGGACCCAUGAAGUUGGGGUCUCAGGAUGGCGGGAAGGCCAAGGACAGCGGCUCCAAAGCCAACGAGGACAAACGAGCCGCUACGUUGGGAAAAUCCGAGGCCUCUUCCGGGAGUCGACGUGGAUUGACAGGAACUUGGCCUGGCCCUGGAUCCUCAAAGUCAGAAAAGUCAUCGAAGAGCUCUUCCAAGCAUUCGUAAUUUUAGUUCUUAAUGGGUAUUCCGGACUUGGAAUGGGGAUGCAUUCCCAAUGCUUGUCCGAAACACACUACAGCCAUCAAACCAAUGGAAACAACACGUAUUGUCAAGAAAUUGCAAGAAAAGAUCUUAUACAAAACAAGGUGCUUCAAUCUGACUGUUGUCAAACAUGUUUUGUUUGUGCAUAUAGCGUAUGAACAUGCACUCUCAUAUGUUGAUGUAGAACAAACCAGUAUGUCUCUCUAAAUGCAUGUUACAUAUAUGUGGUGAAUAGACGAGUCAAAAAAAAAAUCUGAGAUGAAAAACAAAACAAAGACCUAUUGCUAGUGAAAACUGCACAUCCAAUCAUUCCCGCCCAGUCUGUAGUGGGCGUGGCCUCUCAGUCAUCACCAUAUCAAUCAAUCAGUUUGUCAAAUGUAGAAAUGAGAGGUAGCGAAAGUGUUUACCUAAUGACCGACACAGUAGAUCUGCACGAUCUCAUUCCAGUACCUCAACUAUACUGUUAAACUGCCGACAGUAGCACUAACCUCAUACAAGAUGCAACAGACCUAGAGAUAACACAAAGGGUAACCAGAGGUUUGGGAGUGUCUUAAACGUUUUACUCAAAAUAGGAAAUGAGUGUUGCACAUUGACAGAGUCGUGUUGAAGUGUUCAUUACUGCUGUCUUAAUUACAUUUGCACUGAAAAGACCCCAAAACAAUUCCUGGAUAAAAGGAAGACAGAUUUAUAGAGUUAUAAUUAGCCUCUCUGAGACCGUCCAGGGUAAAACCUCAACGGCAGCAUUGUCAUUUAUUGAGAUUGAGAUUAUUAGGUAAACUCUGUAAAGAAAUGGGUCAAUGUGACGUCUUCAAGUUGAGAGAAUACUAUGGCUAUGUUCAGAAUUGAAUACUAGCAUACAUGCUACUUACUGCAGACUGUGCAGUACAUUCGGUUUACUGCGUACUAUUUAAAAAUAGUAUGCAAAACAGUAUGCAGUAUUCAAUUAUUCACAUUUUACACAGUAGUAUGCAACAGUACAUUGUUGCCAAAGGCCAAUACUGUUCAGUUCAGUCAGUAGCGUCAAAUUAGCAUUUCAGAAAAGCUAUUUAGCAAUUUAAUCCAACUUUAUGUAAAUAUGUUUUAACUUUUGGCAGUUCGAUAAACGUAUUUAAUGCAUUCAGAAAAUUAGAAUACAAUGCAAAGUAUACUAUAAUACAGGAAGAAGUAAGGAGACGUUCACACCGAACAGAUUUCUACAUUUGUUGCAUUGGGUCUAUGUUGUUUUUUAGCGUUUUGCGCAGGAGCAUCGGCAUUUGUUAGAUGCGGUGUCAGGUUAUAAAUAACUUGGAAAUGCGUCUUGUGUUCUGUUAUAAUAAUUGCACUGCAUCAAGGUUUUUUCAGGGCGAAAACAUGUUCUGUCUAAAGGACCCCUAAGAGUAGCAUGAUGGUAUGCUCUUUUGAACAUAGCCUAUAGGCCAGUUAAUGCACUGUGUAUAGACUUGAAUAUUUUAUCAAUCUGAUGAAGCCUAAAAUGUUCUAAAGUAAAUAUGCAGAAGAGUUUGUGAAGUGGUACAUAGUGUGUAGAUGUGUUUAAAUUCAUUCAGGGCUUUUAAUUCACUUUUACUACAUAUUGAUCUUUAUGUCCUACUUUUAUAUACAUUUAUAACGUAAUGAGUUAACCCGUUAAUGUCUUGUGGUUUGCGAGAGAUAGCUUCAGAAUACAUGCAUAGAAAUAUAUGUUUACACGUAGUCAUUCACAUUUGUGUGACUUUCUGUGUAUCGAAUCUAGUGAUGUUUUAGGAGUUUUUGGUGCCAUGCAGAUGCAUCGAUUAUCUUCCAAAUCAGUUGAUUCAUGAAUGACUUUUUUGCCAUUAAAGGACUUUACUAUUUACCCAAAAAUUAAUUGGUAGAGAGACACACAGCAUGGCAUUUCCCUGGACCUCCAUGUAAAUACCAUGGUACAUGGAUUUGGUAAUCAUUCAGUACCAUGGUACAUAAAAGUAGCAUGGUAUUGCCACCUGAUACAGUCAUUGUACUGUGAUAACACCACAGGACUGUUAUGUAAGGGCAAUGCCAUCUCAGAAAUGUUGCUAAUAUUUGGGUAGUGUGUAUACACCUUUGUUUUCAGGUUGAGUCGGCUGCAAAAUGUGUGUUUAGCAGUGCGUAUGUUUCAGAUAGUUUAAGUCAGUUGUUCGUCCGUGUGUUUUUAGAUUGUGUAGGCAUAGUGUUUCUCUGAAAACACAUUUACUUGUGCAAUGAGUUCAAGCAAUCUUACAGAAUGCACUUUAUUGAUUUAUCUCAGUAUAUUGAUUUAUUUGAUAUAGUUUUUGAAUGAUUUUUGCCCUGUUUGUUCUUUAAAAUGGGAAGUAGUAUGUCGCUCUUCAAAACGGUUACGCUGCUCUGCAUAAAUCUUCCUCACACGGUUUUCCCUAUGAAGUUUUUGUACAUUAACGUCUUAUGUCAUUGUUUAUUUACAGUUUUGUAUGAUUUCUCACCUCAGGCAAUGUUAUGAACCAAUGCAAUUUAAAAAAUGAAAUAAAGUGCAGUACAAUAAAAGGCUACA